CUGACCAGCACCCCGCACCUCGCGAGAACUGUACUCUCGACAUCUUGCGACUCACACGAGCAAAAUGACUGCCACAACUAUGCACUUUGGCCCCGAGUGGAUGCGCCCCAAGGGCACCGCGCGCCCUGCACCGUCGCCCCCGCUGACAACGUCCCCGGCCCCACCUGGGAACGCCUCAUACUCUGCUCUUGUCACCCCUGCGACCCACCCGCCACCCGAGGGGAAAGAUGUGGCUCACCCCUUCCGCUAUUCCAAGGAGGAGAUGCUCCGGAUCUACAAGGAAGGAGGAGGCCGUGGAGGACUCGGUCUUGAGGUGGAGAGGUGGGAGGGCAUCGUGCGCGAGAUAGGCUACGAUCCCGUUGGUCUCAAGGAGAUGAGCGACGCGGAGAAGAAGCUUUACUCGGGCCCGCUGAACUCGGAAGUGCGUCGACGCCAGUCGACGGAUUUUUUAUCGCCUCUCACCACCACAGGCCUCGGGGAGCGUCCGAAGCUGGCACACGCUGGGUCGGGUGCCGGCAGCCCUAUGCGGGAGCGGAUCGGCAGCUUCAUGGGGCGGCGCAGGGACAGCACAGACCAAAUGCCAUUGACUAUUCCCAGGAAGCUGUCGCUCUCCAAUAUGCAGGGCGCGCUUGCAUCUCCGCGGGACGGCGCGCUGCCUUCACCAAGGGUGCGCCCUGGAUUCGACGGGGUACUUAGUGAGACGUGGUCGGCACGAAGACGGAACGCCGAGCUUGCUAAGACUUCCAACGGACUCAACAAAGCCGACAAGGACGGCGACGGAGACGGAAAGGGUACAGAUAUUCAAGAACAGGAGGAGGAAGCCCUACAUGGCUCCGAACGUGCGCAGAAGAACGGAGACUCUGGCGGAGGGACCUCUUCCGAGCUCAAUACUGCGUAUAAUGGCGGUAACUCCAACAAUAACACGUCGAACCAACUGAACGGACAGCUUGACAAAUUAUCGAUCAACGGGAACACCCAACAACAGGGUUCAGCCAAUCCGACCCAACCCCCGCCGGGCCUUGGGGAUUUGUCCAGUAUCGAAUGGUCUUACUUGGAUCCUCAAGGCAAUGUCCAAGGACCGUUCCCGGCGGACACCAUGCAACGCUGGCACGAAUUGAAGUACUUCUCGAGUGAUCUCCUGAUGAAACGGACGCACCUGGACACUGAGUGGACUCCCUUCGGUGUACUGAUUGGUCGAGCUGGAGAUCAACCUGUCUUCCUCACGCCCCUGGUACAUGCUCCUACGCCACCUGGCUUGCCACGUCUAGACACUGUCGUCAACAACGGUAUCCCUGAGAGAAACCAGCAGUCUCCGUACCAACCUGUGCCUACCCGCAAUUUGCGCAGCUCGACUCUGGACUCCUACAUGACGAGUAGUGGAGUAGCUCCGGAGUCACCUGCAUCUUCUAUGGGUGGUCGAUUCGCCUCUCCCGACCCGGCUGUGUUCGACACUCGUAUUGGAGGAGGACAACAAAUGGGAUUCAACCAAGGGGCGGAAUCGCGCAUGCCGUUCGCCGGCGGUCCAGGGCAGCGACGAGCAACUUUGAACCACGAGACCGGCGACCCCAUAUUCGGCAACAGGGCAUUUGCCAGUCCUGUUGCCGGACGGACUCCUGGAGUUGAUGGGAUAGGAUUUGCAGCGGGCGCUCACCCUUCUAUCUUGAACGACACGACUUCUAGUCCCUUCGGACACAGGACUGUCCAGAACCCCGGCGUUUUGAACGGAUAUCCUGGCUCGUCCGUCUUGAAUGGCAGUGAUCUUGGAUCCAUCGGUGGGAUGCAUUCCAACCAGGGUACUCCUUCCAGGGUAGUGAAUCGCGACCCUUUCGGCAAGCCGUUGGAGGACAUCCACGGCGGUGGUUUCUCGAACACCUCCUCUCCCUUCAUUUCUAACGCUGUACCGACGUUCCCUCAAACUCCGCUCUCGCAUUUUGCAGGGCAGGAAACUCGCUCCUUACAUACGAUGACGCCCGACCGCCAGCCCGUAGCCCCUCUGUCGUUCGCUCACCAAAUCCAGCAGCCUUUCGCACAGAGUCCCAGUUUCAACAACGCCCAAUCACCGUGGCUCGCGCAGGAGGCCGCUCCGUUCCGCCGCCCGGGUCCCUUCGAACCCAACCACCCCACCUCGAACAACACGUUCGUCCCCCAGCCCAUUGCGCACUCGCAAUCAUUCGGUCAACCUGCUCAGGGCGGGAUCCCCGCCGCGCAAUCACCGUGGCAGACUGCUCAGCCGGUGAACAAUGACCCGUGGGGCGUCGCAUCCUCGAACCUCACCGUUGCUAACCUCGGGCAACAUAAUGAACAGCAACGUCAAGCAGAAAUCCACCACCAGCCGCCUCAGGAGAACGCCGCCGCACUCGCCGAACAGCCGCAGGCCCAAGCCGUCCCUUCUCCUACCGUAGCUCCCGCCGCACCUGCGGAGACCUCUGCACCUCAAAAGACCAGACGCAAGUCAGGUGCCCAAGCCGCCCCGCAAGCACCCAAGGUUCCCUCUCCUACUGCUGUGAAGCCUCCUUCGCCCAUCCCUGCUCCACCUCCUAUCACCGCCGCAACGUCGGAGCCCAAGGUGCCGUGGGCGGUCGACGACGAGAAGAAGCCUAGGACCCCUGGCGGCGCACUCAACUUGCGCGAGAUCCAGGAAGCGGAGGCCAAGAAGACCGAGGCGCGCAAGGUCGCUGAGCGCGAGCGUGAACGCGCCGCGCGGGCCGCUGCCGCGAACACACAGGCUGAGGACUUCCAGCCGUUCACGGCGUCGUGGGGUCUCCCGACCUCGCAGGCUGGUGCUGCGCGUGCGAAGGAGACGCCUGCGGCUUCGCCUCUGACCACUUCCUCUUCGACUGCUGCUGCGCCGGUGUGGACGAAUGCUACCAAGGCGCCGGUCGCGAAGAAGACGAUGAAGGAGAUCCAGGAGGAAGAGGAGCGCCGCAAGAAGCAGGCAGCUGCGAAGGAGAAGGAGUCGAUGGCGGCUACCGCGCGGCGGGGGUAUGCGGAGACGACGACCAAGGCUGCUGCCCCCGUGCAAGUUGGCGGUGCGUGGACCACGGUUGGCUCUGGAGGCAAAGUGACGGCCGUUGCGACGCCGCCCGCGGUGGCCGCGGUGGCUCGUCCUGCGGCUACACCGGCGGUGUCUGCGAAGGCGGUCCCUACCGUGGCAGCUGCAGCUUCGCCGGUGGUUACCCCGCGUCCCGCUGCCGCAGUAACGCCGCGCCCAGUUGCUGCUGUCCUGAAGGCUACGCCGUCCAAGGAGGACAACUCUAUUGCGCCUGGGCCGUCGUUGGAGUUCCUCAAGUGGAUGAGCGACUCUCUGAAGGGCCUCAACAGCUCUGUCAAUCUUGAAGACAUCACGUCGAUGCUUCUGUCCUUCCCGCUGGACCCGGACCAGUCUACGGUCGAGAUCAUCUCGGACCUCAUCUACGCAAGCAGCACGACACUGGACGGCCGUCGCUUCGCCGCCGAGUUCGUCAGCAAGCGUAAGGUGGACGCUGCGGCACGCCCGAAGGGUGUUAGCGCGAGUGGGUCUGCGUCGAAGCCGCUGUCGAUCGCGGACGUCGUGAAGGCGCAGCCGAAACCUGCGCAGAGCGAAUGGGGCUUCAAGGUCGUGAACAAGAAGAAGAAGGGCGGCCGCGCGUGAAGGCCGAUGGCUGGGAGGCUUCUCGGGCGCCGCUGGGACUGGGAGCGUGGCGCCUGCUAUCUCAUGUCGUGCUACAUAAUGGUUGUAUAGUUGUUGUGCUCGUAAUGCGCCCCCGCGAGGGCGCCGUGUUGUUGCGUAUCGUACUAGUGUUGAUGAAUCUUAUGUCUACCCCGCUCUGCAUUGGAGUGCUAGUAGUGCUACAACAAUGUAAUGCGAUGAUCUC